AGUGACAAUGACAAUUUCCUCAUUUCAAAUUUUCCCAAAUGGUAUCAAACAAAUUCGUCGAAAUAAAUACAAACAAAUAAUUAUUUCUUGUGUUUUGUAUUAAAGUAAAGUAAAGUAAAAUAUAACAUUUCAAUUUAAGGAGUGUGUAUCAAUUUAAAAUUUUUACAAAAUGAUUAUGAACGCGAAAGGUGAUAUACAAAUAGAUUUAGUACAAGUUAAAAAAGAUGUUCAACAAGGAUUACGAGAGUGUAAGGACAGAGGUCUUAUACAAACUACUAAAUGGCUUGCGGAACUAAAUUAUGCUUUAAGAGAACACAAAGUUCCUGAAGAAUCAGUGGUAUAUGACGACGGUAUAGCAGCUGAAGAAAGAGAUGCAUAUACAUUGGCAAAGAGUUUCUUUGAUUGUGAAGAAUAUGACAGAGCUGCUCACUUCUUGGAAAACUGUACUAGUCCAAAAUGCGUAUUUAUUCAAAAAUACUCUCAGUACAUGUCCAGUGAGAAGAAACGAUUAGUUGGUACUUGGGAUUCGGUCACUGAGAAUUCAGAGUCUACUCAAGUAUUACUGGAUCUUCUACCUUAUUUCAAGGCAAACCGUAGCAAACUUGAUGGCUACCUUCUUUACUUAGAAGGGGUGGUGCUCAAGAAGCUAGACCUCCGCAGCCAAGCUGUGAGUGUCCUGCAAGCAGCGUUAGCAGCAGCUCCAACGUUAUGGGCUGCUUGGGUUGAACUUGCUGGCCUUGCUAACGAAUAUGAGGCGUUAGACUCUCUCCAACUACCAAAGCACUGGAUGACAUACUUUUUUGCUGCACAUGCAUUUAUUGAAUUGAAGCUGUCUGACCAGGCCUUGGAGGCCUACACGAUGCUGGCUGCUGCAGGUUUUGAGAAAAGCACAUAUAUUACUGCACAGAUGGCUAUUGCACAUCAUGAUAGGAGGGAUGUGGAUUCCUCACUGGCCCUGUUUCGAGAAAUGUAUCAAAUUGACCCAUAUAGGUUAGACAACUGGGAUGUCUACUCCCAUCUCCUGUACCUAAAAGAGAAGAGGAUGGAGCUUGCAGAUCUGGCUCAAAAGGCAGUAGCUAUUGAUAAAUACAGAGUUGAGACUUGCUGUGUUAUAGGUAACUACUACAGUUUAAGAAGUGAGCACCAGAAAGCAGUGAUCUACUUCCAAAGAGCCCUGUCAUUGGAUCCACAAUAUCUAUCUGCGUGGAUCCUCAUGGGGCAUGAAUUCAUAGAGCUACAGAAUUCUAAUGCUGCCAUACAGUGUUAUAGACACGCUAUAGAUGUGAAUAGAAACGAUUACAGGGCUUGGAAUGGUCUAGGCCAGGCAUAUGAAAUACUGGGUCUAAAUGGCUACUGCAUAUACUACUACUCGAGGGCGGCACAACUCAAGCCUGACGAUUCCAGAAUGCUGGUCUCCCUUGGAGAGGCUUAUGAGAAGAUGGACAAGAUUCCCAACGCUCUGAAAUGUUAUUAUAAAGCACACAGCACGGGCGAUAUAGAGGGGAUGGCGUUGUUCAAAUUGGCUAAGCUAUACGAGAAGUCGAACAUGCCGAACAGCGCGGCGGCGGCAUACACGGCCGCGUGCCAGGACCCCGCCAACUCGGGCAGCAAGGAGCUGCCGGCCGCGCAGCGCUACCUCGCGCAGUACUACCUGCGCUUCUCGCUGCUCGACCACGCCGCGCACUACGCCUACAAGUGCUUGGAGAACGACACUACAAAAGAAUCUGGCAAAAAUAUACUAAAAACAAUAUCAGAAAAGCGACUGGCUACAUCAUCGUCCUCACAGCAGUCAAACAUUCCUGAAGAUCCUGAAUCUGCUAAGAAUCUAUCUGGGAUAAUACCUCAUGAGAUGUCCAAAACUCCACUAGCCAGCCCCGACGAUACCCCGGACAGUUUCUUGACACCACUCUUUGCAAGAAGAAAUGGAAAAUUUAAAAUGUAAUGGCCAGUUAAGUCUAAAAUGUAAAUAAUAUUUAUUGAAUUUAAUUAAAUAUAUUGAGUAAGUGUCAA